CCACGUGGGAGGGGCUUGGCAUCACGUGCUCACAAGACAGCCAAUCGGAACAUAGAGUGGAUUGUUUUGCGGAAGUCCAACGCGCACUGUGUCGUUCGCUAAACAAGAGCAGCCAAUAAACAAUAGAAAAAAUGAUAGUUUUGUGAAGCUGAACAUUUAUUUUCAAGCGCUCACGUCGAGUUUAAUGCAAUGAGUUUUUGUUACUCUAGUUAACGCCAAUCGAUCGAUUCGUGUUGCUUCUUUCCGUUUUGAACUCCCGGAGAAACUGCUCAGACCUGUCAGAUAUGUCCAAAUCCUCCAGGUGGGACUCUAAAGAUAAUGAAUCAGAAAACCUGCCCAUCUAUCAGCACAAAGCCAGGCUGAUCCGGGCUGUCAAGGGCAGCACAUUUCUGGUCGUCACCGGUGAGACUGGCAGUGGGAAAACCACACAGCUGCCACAGUACUUGCACCAAGCAGGUUUUUGGAAAGAUGGCAAAAUUGGCAUCACCCAGCCUAGACGCGUGGCCGCUAUCACCGUGGCCCAGAGGGUAGCUCAGGAGAUGCAGUGCGCUCUGGGAAGAGAGGUUGGCUAUCAAGUGCGCUUUGAUGACUGCACAUCACAGGACACGGUGGUGAAGUACAUGACAGAUGGCUGCUUGCUCAGAGAGAUCCUGGCCGACCCCGGCCUGUCUCAGUACAGUGUCGUGAUUUUGGAUGAAGUCCACGAACGCAGCCUCAACACAGAUAUUCUCCUCGGUCUACUGAAGAAAACCUUCUCCAACCCCGACAAAAGCACCAAGAGCCGAUCUGGGCCGCUCAGGGUGGUGGUGAUGUCUGCUACCUUGGAGACUGACAAGCUUUCGGCCUUCCUCGGGAGCUGUCCUGUCUUCACUAUUCCUGGCAGGACCUUUCCUGUCACCUGCAAGUUUGGCUUUGCUGUCGGACCCAAAGACACAGAGAGCUCCAGCUACGUCAAAGAGGUCGUAAAGGUGGCUCUUGAUGUGCACACCAGUGAAAAGGCUGGCGAUAUUCUCGUGUUUUUGACUGGUCAGUCAGAGAUUGAGAGAGCCUGUGACAUGUUGUAUGAAAAGGCUGAGUCGAUAGACUACCGCUAUGAUGUGGAGGACCAAACAGUGGAGGGCCUUCUUAUUUUGCCGCUUUAUGGAUCCAUGCCCACUGAUCAGCAGAGGCAGAUAUUUCAGGCACCACCUCCAGGAAUUAGGAAGUGUGUGGUGGCCACCAACAUUGCAGCAACAUCUCUCACCAUCAAUGGCAUAAAGUACAUCGUAGACAGCGGGUUUGUGAAACAGUUGAACCACAACUCGAGGGUGGGCAUGGACAUUUUGGAAGUGGUACCUAUUUCAAAGAGUGAGGCCCAGCAGAGAGCUGGCCGCGCUGGAAGAACCUCAGCCGGGAAAUGUUUUCGAAUCUACACUAAAGAAUUCUGGGAAAAGUGCAUGCCCGAAUACACAGUUCCAGAGAUCCAGAGGACAAGCCUCACCGCAGUAAUACUCACACUGAAGUGCCUGGGAGUGCACGAUGUCAUCAGGUUCCCUUACCUGGACCGUCCAGAGGAGAGGUUUAUUCUGGAAGCACUAAAACAGCUCUAUCAGUGUGAUGCCAUUGACAGGAGAGGCAGAGUGACCCCGCUAGGGGAGCUGAUGGUGGAGUUCCCCCUGCACCCAGGCCUCACAAGGGCCUUGCUCAAAGCUGCUGCCUUAGGCUGCGAGGACCUGCUCCUCCCAGUGGCUGCCAUGCUGUCUGUAGAGAACAUCUUCAUACGGCCAGGCCACCCUGAGAGGCAGAAGGAGGCAGAUAAGAGGCACAGGCAGUUGGCUGCCAUGGCAGGCAGUAACAACGACUUUGGCACUCUUCUGAGUGUGUUUCAGCGGUGUAAAACGAGUGAGAACCCCUCAUCAUGGUGUAAGGACAACUGGGUCCACUGGAGGGCGCUGAAGUCAGCCUUCAGUGUGGAGACUCAGCUGCGAGAGAUCCUCCUGCGGCUCCAGCAGAAGAGAGAUUUUCCCACAGAAACUUUUAAUGGCGACAAGAGUGAGCUCUUCAGACGAUGCCUCUGCUCAGGAUACUUCACUAAUGUUGCCAGAAGAUCUGUUGGAAAGGUAUUUUGCACAAUGGAUGGUCAUGGAUCCAUGGUUCACAUUCAUCCGUCAUCAUCACUGUUUGAGCAGGAGGCGGAGCUGGACUGGGUCAUCUUCCAUGAUGUGAUGGUGACCUCGCGGGUAUACAUCAGGACCGUGUGUCCCAUUCGUUAUGAAUGGGUGAAGGACCUGCUGCCCAAACUCCACGAGGUAGACGUGUACGAGCUGAGCAGCGUCGCAAGGCAAGAAGUGACUGAGGAGGAGGUGGCAAAAUGGGAGACCAGGGAGGCAGCAAAAAGACCAACAGAGGUGUCUGUCGAGGAGGUCAUCAAGAAGAUGGAGAAGCGAAACGACGAAACCUCCGUCAGCGAUGCUCGUGCUCGGUACCUUCAAAGGAAGCAGCAACGACAGCAAAGCAAAGCACCAUGAGAGCAAAACACCUCAACCACCAGAGUGCCAAACCUCGGCCCUCUGUUUAGAGGGCAUGAUUGGUAUGCCAGAUCGUAAAGGAGCUUUUUGGGGAGAGUUUACAUCAGUAAUUAAAUCUGUUUUAAGAUUGUUACAUUGCUUGUCUCUUUAUUAAUCCCUCCCUCUAACACUGUCAGUGAUGGGUUCAGGGGUCCCUGGUAAUACGAGAUGUAUUUCACUACUUACUCAUUAUUUACAUUUUUACUUAUUCAUUAUCUACAAAUUUUAGAGGACUAUUAGAUCAAAAAGGAACAUGCAUUUUUGUUGUUCAUUUGCAUAUUAAAGAUGAUUUUUUUUUUUUUAAGCA